CCACUGCAGGCACAUUGUGCUGACAGGUUCUUGAUCUGCUUGUUUCAGCGCACAAAUAAUUAGCUACCCGAACGUACUACAAUUUUGCUUGGAAAGAAUCACCAUGGCCACUAGCGAGCAGGCCGGCCCGUCUUCCCAGCCGGAGAGCGAGACGAUUGUCCCAGCAGAGUACGACAAUGUGCCGGCAACUGAUGAGCAGACCGCUGCUCCAAACCCAAUUGUUCUCCGGUUUAGGAAACUGGGCGGGGACCUUCGCGACAACUGGAACCGCUUUCGCCACUUCAUGUGGGACAAAGAGAAGAGAGAGGUAAUGGGACGAAAUGGAAAAAGCUGGGCACAAAUUGGACUGUUCUAUCUGUGUUUCUUUUUGGGCUUGGCUGGUUUCUGGGCUGCAAUGUUCGCCAUUUUUUACCAGACCAUUUCACUGGAAAGACCGAAGUACAACUCACUUAUUACUCCGCCAGGACUCAACCUUGUGCCGUUCCCAGACAACCAGCGACGUAUUGAGUACAGCCCUGAUGAGAGUGACGCGGAUCGCAUGAGAAUUGAACAACAGAUCGACGAAUUCGUGUUUCAACCACUUAUGAUCAACCAAUCCGGGUACCUGGAUUGUUCUGACCUCCCACCGGCCAACGUGACUGAUCCACAACGCUUCUGCAGAUACGAUCCAUCCUUACUCGGCGAGUGCGCCCCCGGCAAUUCCAGCUACAACACCACGGAGCCCUGUCUGUACAUGGGCCUUAACAGAGUUUGGGGGUGGAUUCCAGAGGGCUUUGAAGUCGACGAGUUAAUAAUGCCGAAGUUCAACAAAUCACCAUCAUUCCAGAAUCGGAUCUUCUUCACUUGUGAAGUGAGAGAGGAAGACAGAGAUUUCGUAGACUCUUUGAACAUGUACCCCCCUGACGGCGUGUCCUUCGGCCAUUAUCCUUACGUGGUCGGCACAGACGAGAGGGAUCAAGCCCGCUACAUUAGGCCUGUAGUAGCCGUCCAAGUGGCCCUCAACACUAGAGACGUGGAUGUGAAUAUCGAGUGCAGGGCCCGUGCCGCUAACAUUCCCGAGGAGGCCCCUGGUGGGCUCUUCGACAGCCGGGAGGAGCCGUCCCGGUUCAGGGUUAGGGUUAUGGUCCGCUCAUAGAGAUGACUGGCAGGGAAAAAAACGACAGCGUCCGAAUCGCUUCGCUGCGGCUGGCAGUGGCACACAAGACUAUGUGAGAGCACAAAGCCGCUAGCUAGCUAUCUGCCGCGAGCAGAAGCACCCCGUCAUCGGUUGAAAAGCGCCAUAUUGUCUGGAGUGUUCAUUCUGUUGGUAGCGAUGCGACCAUAACACGUGCAUUUCCUAGUUGUUUGUGAAUCAAUGAAGUUCAGUUCCGAUCAUAGGAGUCUUCGUUGCUAAAAAAACUGCGCCCUCUCUCGCUUCAGCUCGGGGCUAAUAGCGGCUUCCGUAGGAACGCACGUGUUGUUUCCAGCCGAAGUAAUUCGGACUUGUCCAGAUACCAUGCCUUAAGAUAAGUACUCAAUAAAACGAAAAUUCACUGAGAACUAGUGAUGCUUAUAUUCCGGCCAAAUUUCUAAGUAGAUUAUUUUUCUAAAAGAGACGUACGACUGAGGAUUUAAAAAAACGUUUAGAAUUUGUUAAACUGAGCCGACAAUUAACUUGUAAUAUUAAUAUUUUUGCGAUAUUUUUUGAAAGUUUUAUAUUUGACUAAUUUUGUACUUUUGGGUAAAUUUUGUGACCUGUCAUGCACAUUAAUUCUCAUAUCUAAUACACCAGCUGAAGUUUUAUGCUGUAAUUAAGGUAGUUAAAAAUACAAUGCAACGUCUAGGGACAGCAUUAGUCAGCGAUUGAAGUACCUCAAGAGUUGCCAUGUUUUGAUAACAUGAUUUUGAACAACUUUUGAGAAGAACUUACAAAGGGGGAAUGAAUGUCCACAUUUUGACCAAGUUCGGGCAAAGUGUAAACUAAGUUGUGAGCAACGACUAUCUUGAGAGUGUGAAAAACACGUCCACUUUCAACAGUCAUCAGAUAUUCCAGUAUGCUAUUAAGUCAGGAAGGCUAAUUAAAAGAUAAAAAUACA